CCCCCUGUUUGUUGACUUUACUCCCAUGGCAGAUAUUUUUAUUUGGGAUUGAACUGUAAGCGUAGCAACCACAUACAACUAUACAAGAGUUGAGCCCGUCCUCUCAUCCCCGUCUCAUCUCCAGAAUCCAUUGGAUCCACGCCACGGAGAUAGAUGUUCGACCCAAUCGUUCUUGCUUCUGCUGCGGCGACAUGGGUGAUCAACAAACUGCUGGAUAGCCUCUCCAAAGCUGCCAUCAAAGCGCUGCUGAAGAAGGAAGAUCUCGACCAGGAGGUCGAGAAACUCAAGAACGCGCUGCAGCGCGCAAAUCUCGUCCUCGGCGCCGUGCCCGUUGGAGUCGCCGCUGGGGUCAAAAACUCAAAAUUGAGAACACGAAUUUGGAGCAGCCGAUCCAAGAGGUGCAGCAGCUGGCCACCGAACUCACCAAGUACCUCGACGAGCUGGAGUACUACGACAUCAAGGACAAGGUGAAACAGAAUAUUCCGAAGAAAAACUGGAUUAAAACUAUUUACUCAUGCCGUCGGACAUUCGAAUCCAACAAAAACUGAUAAGGUUUACAUAGCACGUAUAAGGGCUAUAGUGGAGAAACUGCAUAACCUUUGUGGGAAUGUUUAUGAGGCUCUCUAUG